ACAAAGCAAAUAGCUCAAAGGACAUUAAUGAAUAUCACUGCGACUUCAUCAGCUCCCGUUCCCCUCACGGCAGAUUAGAGAGCUCGGCAGCUCCGCCUCGAUUAUCCCGUCCUCGACCGGAAAAUAAAAAAAAAAGCCAUCCACGACCGACGACCAACGCUAAUUAAGAGCGAGGGGAAUAGUAUCAGCCGCCGCCGGUUCACGAUGGCUCAUAAGCUCUGCCAGAAGAUCAACCGCUUCAACCUCCGGCGUAGGGUUAACCGCCGCGUCAUGGUCCUCCGGCGAUUCAUCCGGAGGCUCUGGGACCGGAUCUUUGUGUGCUCGGCGGGGAAGCCGGAGCAGUACCGGGUGCUGCUGCCCUACUCCAAAGUGUCCUCCCCGGCUCCGGUCGUGGUCACCACAGUGAACAAUGAGCCGGAGUUGGGGACCGUCACGCCUAUGGUCUGUCGAGACCACACUGCCGACUCGGACUUGGUGUCCUUGAAGAUCGGCCUUCUGGGCGACCACGAGAUUGGCAAAACCAGCUUCUUGGUGAAAUAUGUGGGAGACGAGAAAGAACAGAGUAGCUCGGAGAUGAUGAAAGGCAUAAAUCUGAUGGAUAAGACUCAAAUGGUCAGAGGAGCUCGUAUAUCAUAUAGCAUUUGGGAAGUAGAAGGUGAUGAAAGAUCUGGUCAGGAUCAUAUCCCGGCCGUCUGCAGAGACUCCGUGGCAAUCCUGUUCAUGUUCGACCUUACGAGCCGAUGUACUCUAAAUAGUAUCAUCACAUGGUAUCAAGAAGCAAGGAAAUGGAAUCAGACGGCAAUUCCUAUCAUUGUGGGAACCAAAUUUGAUGAAUUCAUCCAGCUUCCCAUAGACUUGCAAUGGACAAUCGCCAGCCAGGCAAGAGCAUACGCAAAAGCCCUCAAUGCCACGCUAUUCUUCUCAAGUGCAACCUACAACAUCAAUGUGAAUAAGAUCUUCAAAUUCAUCACUGCCAAGUUGUUCGAUCUGCCAUGGACAGUGGAGCGUAAUCUGACGGUCGGAGAGCCCAUCAUCGACUUCUGAGUCAAUAAAUCUGUACAUAUAUAGCUGCAAUUGCUAUAUAUUAAUUAUUGAGGUCAAGAAAGCAACCGGUCGCUGGAUAUAUUUUUCCGGUGACAAUUCGAGUUGUCCCAUUGCGAUGUAAUGUCCAUAUCCACCAAGUGCUGCAAGCAAGCUUGUGGCUUAACCAUUGUAGAGAGCUUUUUAACACCAAAUGGAAAGCAUCAAUUUUGGAUC